UCCUCAGCUCUGUCUCUUCCUGUUAAACACUGAAUCCAUAGAGAAAGACAAAAUGCCUGAUCCUGCAAAAUCCGCUCCUGCGCCCAAGAAGGGCUCCAAAAAGGCCGUGACCAAGACCCAGAAGAAGGGGGACAAGAAGAGGCGCAAGAGCAGGAAGGAGAGCUACGCCAUCUACGUGUACAAAGUCCUGAAGCAGGUUCACCCGGACACCGGCAUCUCCUCCAAGGCCAUGGGCAUCAUGAAUUCCUUCGUUAACGACAUCUUCGAGCGCAUCGCCGGGGAAGCGUCCCGCCUGGCUCACUACAACAAGCGCUCCACCAUCACCUCCAGGGAGAUCCAGACCGCCGUGCGCCUGCUGCUGCCCGGGGAGCUGGCCAAGCACGCCGUGUCCGAGGGCACCAAGGCCGUCACCAAGUACACCAGCUCCAAGUAGAGAGGCUGGACCCGGAGGAUCCGUGACCGAAUCACCGGAGGAAAAACCGCGUCUGUGAUUGUUGCACCACCGCUGCUUCCUGUCAGAGAGAAUGAUCCAAUCAGGCCUUGUGUUCAGUGUGCGGACUGCCACCAGGACUGUGCCCUGCCAUCUUGUUUUACCUCGUCGUUUUGCUCUGUAACGUUUUGAAAACAUGAACUGAAUGGAUGUGGGUCCUGCUGUGGACCGAGGACGCCUCUUUGCUUUGCACCAUCGUCCUCAUGAUUUGUAUGCACCUUCGACAACGACCAACAGAUUGAAUUCAAUGUAACCACAGAGAAAUUAAAGCUGUGAUUCAA